AUGAAGAUGCGCAUCCGGACUCCACCCAGACUCCUGGAGCUGGCGGGGCGGAGCCUGCUGAGGGACCAGGCCUUGACCAUGUCCACCCUGGAGGAGCUGCCCACGGAACUUUUUCCCCCUCUGUUCAUGGAGGCCUUCAGCGGGAGACACUGUGAGGCCCUGAAGCUGAUGGUGCAGGCCUGGCCUUUCCUCCGCCUUCCUCUGGGGUCUCUGAUGAAGAGGCCUUGCCCGGAGACCUUCCAAGCUGUGCUCGAUGGGCUUGAUGCACUGGUUACCCAGAGGAUUUGUCCAAAGAGGUGGAAACUUCAAGUGCUGGAUUUACAGGAUGUCAGUGAGAACUUCUGGAUGGUUUGGUCUGAAGUCAUGGCCAGUGGGUGCUUACCAAAUGAUAUGUGGAACAGAAAACCAGUGCAGCACUGUCCAAGGAUGAGAGGACAGCAGCCCUUGACAGUGUUCAUAGACCUUUGCCUCAAGAACAGGACUCUGGAUGAAUGCCUCACCUGCCUCUUUCUAUGGGUCAAGCAGAGGGAAGGUUUACUACACCUGUGCUGUAAGAAGCUGAAAAUGUUGGGAAUGCCCUUCCACAAUAUCAGAAACAUCCUGAAAAUAGUCAACGUAGACUGUAUCCAGGAGGUGGAAGUGAAUUGCAAUUGGACACUACCCGUCCUGGCAGAGUUUACCCCUUACCUGGGCCAGAUGAGGAAUCUUCACAGGCUCAUUCUCUCUGAUGUGAACGUCUCUCACUAUAUUUCCCCAGAGAAGAAGAAGGAGUUUGUUACCCAGUUCACCUCUCAGUUCCUCAAGCUGUGCUACCUCCAAAAGCUUUAUAUGAACUCUGUUUCUUUCCUUGAAGGCCACCUGGACCAGCUGCUCAGCUGUCUGAAGACCUCAUUAAAGAUCCUCGCAAUAACUAACUGUGUGCUUUUGGAAUCAGACUUGAGGCAUCUGUCCAAGUGCCCGAGCAUCGGUCAACUAAAGACCCUGGACCUGACUGGCAUCAGACUGGCCAAUUUCAGCCUUGUGCCUCUCCAAGUUCUGCUAGAAAAAGUUGCAGGCACCCUUGAGUACCUGGACUUAGAUGACUGUGGCAUCGUAGACUCCCAAGUCAACACCAUCCUGCCUGCCCUGAGCCGCUGCUUUGAGCUUACCACCUUCAGCUUCCGUGGAAAUCCCGUCUCCAUGGCCACCCUAGAGAACCUGCUGUGCCACACAAUCAGAUUGGACAAUUUAUGCCUGGAGCUGUAUCCUGCCCCGCGGGAGAGUUAUGAUGCUGGUGGUACUCUCUGCCGGAGCAGAUUUGCCCAACUUGGGGCUGAGCUGAUGGGGAGAGUGAGGGAUUUAAGGGAGCCCAAGAGGAUCUUGUUCUGUACUGACUACUGCUCUCGCUGUGGCAACAGGUCAUUUUAUGACCUGGAGUUAGAUCAGUGCUGCUGUUGAAUACCUGCCUAUUUGGGUAGAUAUAUCCAACUCAUUUUUCUGGACACCUGAAAACUAAAACCUAGGCCUUUCUGCACGCAGGCUGGAGUUCAGUGACACGAUCCCCACUCACUGCAACCUCUGCCUCCUGAGUUCAAGUGAUUCUCUUGCCUCAGAUGCACCCACAGUAAUGCUUCUUAAAUAUUUCAAUGCCACAUUUUAAAAGUUUCAUCUAGGCUGGGCACGGUGGCUCAUGCCUGUAAUCCUAGCACUUCAGGAGGCUGAGAUGGGUGGCUCACGAGGUCAAGAGGUGGAGACCUUCCUGACCAACAUGGUGAAACCCCGUCUCUACUAAAAAUACAAACAUUAGC